AUGGCAAUGGCGACGUCGUCGGCGUACCCUCCGCCUCCUCCGUUCUACCGGCUGUACAAGGACUUCGAGCAGGACCCCUCGUCUGCGCCGGAGCCUCCACCGCCGAUCGAGGGGUCGUACCAGCUCUUUGGUGCUACCUACACAACGGAUGUGGUGCUGCCAAGUCUGGAGGAUCAAGGUGUUCGCCAGCUUUACCCAAAGGGUCCAGAUAUCGACUUCAAGAAGGAGCUAAGGACACUCAACAGAGAGCUUCAACUCCAUAUCUUGGAGCUAGCGGAUAUUUUAGUGGAGAGACCAUCUCAGUAUGCCCGCAGGGUUGAAGACAUUUCACUCAUUUUCAAGAACUUGCACCAUCUUCUUAAUUCCCUACGACCACACCAGGCAAGAGCAACAUUGAUUCACCUCCUUGAGAGCCAAAUACAGCGUCGUAAGCAAGCGAUUGAGGAUAUAAAACAGAGGAGAGAGGAGGCACAAAGGCUGCUUGGGGAAUCACUGGUUAUUAUUGAGGGGAGCCAGCAGCAGGUUAUGACUCCAAUGUGA